AUGUCCCCAAAUCAUUCUCAUAGUCCUUCUGGUCAUCCAAAACUUACUCAUCUCACUCGUGAUCGCUCUGCCUCUCUACCACAAUCCAACCUUCAAACUUCAAGGCCGAAUGCUUUUGACUCAAACGUUCCCUACGCUUAUACGAGAAAAGGCUCACUUCCAUACAACAAUCUUCCACGCUACCCACCGAACGAACAAACCUCAGACGACAAACAAGACAUGCUGCCAUCUCUUCCACUUCCACGCAAGGCUUCGUUGGCUACAUCAUCCGUAUUUGGUGACGAUUACGUUCCACUAAGUCGACGACUCUGCCUCACACCUGUGCUCUUUCUUUCUCGUUUUGCCCCUUAUAGUUCCCCUGGUUCGUCUCGAAACAACAACGCUGCCACUGGGUCUUCUGACGGCCGUCCUUCUCUAUCCGAUCGCCCUCCCCUAUCUUCCCCUGUCCGCUCUUCUGGUACUUCAACAUACUCUCGCCGAAAAUUUCCAACCAUAGGACAACACCCAAAACUCCCAUCAGUCGAGCCCUUGAAAAUUGUCAAACGUCGUGCCGGUCACACACCCUUAGAUCACCCUUCUGGCUCCCCAACGUCUCCUUCUUCCGGAUUUGCGAGUGUGCCUGGUCAUGUUCAAGAAUUACUCAUAGAUUACUCAACCGCACCACCACCUCCUCAAAUUCUCUCGGCGCCUUUAGGAAGAUUUAGAAAUAACUCAGUCGGAGAAUUUGCUCAAGCUAGUGCAUUUUCUGUUGAUGGAGCUUUCAAAAACAACGAGACCACUGGAUAUGUUUAUAAACCUUCAGCUGUUGUUCUUACCGAUGAAUACUAUUACUCUCAAAAUCCAAUUCAAGAACCCCUACAAAGAUCAUCUAGUCUAUCCCGAGUCCGUAAAAUGUCUGGAAGUCUUUUCAAAAAAUUAAAAGGUGGUGAAAACAAGAAAUAA